AAAAGCUAACAGCGCUUCCUUGUAUGUUCCACUAGGUGGCGCUCAUACAUCAGAAAAUCCCCUUGAGGCGCAUUCAAAUCUAAAAAAUAUUUUUGUCCUACUGCACACAUUCUGUACACGAAUUAAACGUGAACGUAUAAUUGGUAUAAUAGAAUAAUUUUUUAUGACAUGUCCAUUUAAAUUCGCACAAGCAAUCUUAAUAAAGUGGAUUUAAAGAGAAAUCUUUAUCGACAAAGGAAAAGAAAGCUUUAUAAUUUUGACCUACAGUAUAGGACAGACCACUUUAGGAAACUGGUUGAGGUUUGGCAAGAGUACAUGUUUACAAAUUUUUGCCCAUAAGUGGCUACUUUGAGGAAGGUGAAAUAAAAGAUUGACUUAUUUGGAAAAAUUCAUAUUCUCAGAGGAGACAUUCGAGAUGCAUGAGGCUAAAGUCUUAAUUUGAUCUUCAUGUCUUAGAGAAACAAAAUAUUUUUUUACUACUAAACAGAAUAAAAAUUGAUUCAUUAUAUAGCUUUAUUGUAUUUAUUAGUUUAUUAAGGCUGUUAAAAGUACUGCAGUGCUCUUUUAUGUUCCCAAAUUAAAUGUAAUAUUACUCAGCGUGUCAGUCAUCAUUGCUACAUAAUUUUAUUUUUAUUUUAUUUUAUUUAGUUAUGUGUUAAAGUAAAGCUAUAACAAGCCAGUUGUUAUAAUGAGGCUGUGAAGUCACCAAUCACAAAUCAGUAAUUCAAGGUCAUAGUUAAAGGUGGAAUACGUAGAAUUUGCCACUAGAGGGCGCCAAAACAAUCAAAAUUAUAACAAUGACGCUCUGAAGCAGCUUGAAAUUAUGGGAUUUUUAGUCUUCACCGCUGAUGGCAAUCAAUCAACAGACGAGAACGAGAAAUCAAGUUGACGUAUAGGAUUUCAAAUAUGCUUCAGAGGUUACACAUCAUGGCCAACCUACUUCCUCUCAUUGACAUAAUGAGAUCAGAAAAGACUGAUGACAUCACAGCAAUCCCAAUCCCCACCAGGAUCAACCCAUACACCUGAGAGUUAGUAAGAGGAAGGCAGUGAUCAGUGCUUACACAGAGAAGAGGAGGAAAACCCAUCAGCUGAUGAUCUCCUAAGAGAUAUUAGGACAUUUCUCUGACUGCUGGGAAUCCCAAAACAACAGACGGGAUGGCUCGAGACAUGUCAGAUAAAGAAAUAAUGAACAUGGAGCUGGAACAGCUGAAGAAAGAGGUGAACACCACCAGAGUUGCGAUUUCAGCAUCAGCACCAGAAAUCAUUGCUUUUGUUGAGGCAAAGUCUGCAGAGGACCCCCUUAUCAAAGGUGUUCCUGAGGACAAGAACCCAUUCAAGGAGAAGGGUGGCUGUAUUAUUACGUAGCAAUGACUUGACCUUGGAGGCACUAAACACAUUCUUUUGUAUGGAGUAUCAGUCUUUAAUUGGGGAUUAUGGGAAAUUGCAAGUAUUCCAUUGUAGUUAUAAAUAUUACAGGGGCUGAAGAGAAAGAAGACCACCCUUGUGUCUAUCAACAUCUUUUGUGAUACGGUGCUAUCUGUCUCUUUUAAUCCAAUAAAUACAUUUACAAUCUAAGCAAAUGGAUUGAUUAGGUAGUGUAUAUUUAUUUUGCUAA